AUGGCUGCCGUAGUUGCUCCUGCUGGGGGAUUUACUGUUGUGACUCAUACGUACCCACAACAUGCACAGCAGCCAACUAGUGGAACUGCACCAACCGUCGACCAUCAUAAAUUCCUCAUUGGAAAACCAAUGGCCCUGGGGACGGUACAGAUAAUGAUCGGUGUGGUUGUACUGCUGUUUGGAGUUGUGACUGCAUUCCAUGCAAUGACUUUAUCCACCUACUCUGGUGUCAUGUUCUGGGGAGCAAUCAUUGUCAGAGCAUCACUGGGGAUGAGCAUCUUCAGCACGAUCACUGCAGGGAUUGCCAUCAUUCUGCACAGUAUUGAUAUAUUUUUCAUCGCCGUAAUCUUCUCCUAUGACUGCCGUGACAGUGACUACAGAUCCAGAUACAGCUACAUCUGUAGAGGAAACCAGAGCAGGGCACAGGGUAUUGCUGGGGUGAUGCUGGUGUUGUCAGUGCUGCAGUUCAUUGUCUCCAUUUGUGUGUCAGCCUUUGCUUGCAAAGCCAACUGCUGCUAUGAGCCGGUGAGAUACAUGCCGCUCCAGGAGUACGUCUCUAUUCCAACCGCCUAUCAGACCGCUGCUUCACUGAACCCUCAGGCGAUGUACCUUCCAAACCCGGUGCCCCCUUCCUGUCCACCUCUCCAGCUGUCAGCUACUCCACUGAUCACCUCAGAGGUACAACAGACACCUGCUGCCUUCCCACCCACCGUGGAGCCUCCUGCUUACAGCAAGAGCUGA